AACGUUACUAAUGAAAAACUCAAGUCACCCGAGUCAUCAUCAUGGUUGUCAACUGCUAUUAAUCUUUCUUAUCUUAAAAAUGCUGCUUCUAAACUUGGAGAUCAAUGGAAGGAUAAAUACGACAAAGCCCAUGACUAUCUUUCGAAGCAAAUAGGAGAUGCUGACGCUGAAAAAGAACUUUUGGAUUUAACAGAUAAUUAUGUAGUUGAUAAUUGUGCUAAAAAAGCCAUUAAGGACAAUAAGAGGUCUGGUAUUGUACAUGUCCAAACAUCAUCAACUCCUGAUAAAUGUGAAGAUGUCGUAUCUAAACAAAAAGAUGAUGGUUCCUUUGAGUUAAGUGAUACUAUUUGUAAAGAAUUAGAAGUCCCUACAGAAGAAAAAGAAAUUGUAACUACAGUCAAAUCAAGUACUCCUAAUCCAAAAUUGCAAUCUCCUGAGUCAGACCCAUGGUGGAAGACAGCACUUACUUUGAGUUACCUUAAUGUGGCUGCACCUCAUCACAAAAAACAAUGGGAAGAUAAACAUGAUAAAGCUCGCGAUUAUCUAUCUAAAGAAAUUAAAGAUCCCGCUACUGAAAAAGAAUUAUUAGAUUGCACUAAUAAAUAUGUGGUUGAUAAAGCACACGAUAAAGCUGUCAAAAAUAACGUUCAUGAAAAUAUUUACGUUACUAAACUUGAUUUUGAUGAUGACACUGCUCGUGCAGUUCAUGAAGGUUUACGUGCCCCCGUUAAUGCUGACACUGACACUGCUCGUAUAGUUUGCGAUUCUCAACAAGAAGACGGUUCCUUUACUCUAA